GUUACUCCAGCCAUCGUCAGCUACGACACGCCACACGGACUUUCGCAAGAAAUAAUUUAUUCCUGUGUUUAUUAAAAUAUGCGUGUUCAGUUAGCGUGAAAAAAGUUUUCUUUUCUCGCACAGCAGCCAACGUUCGGUAGUCGCUAGUUAGUGCAAGAAGUGUGGUUGCACGUUACGGUCGUCUCGGCUUUCGUGUCGCGAUAUCGAGUGCACAGAACUUGGGUUUGGAGGCGCGUCAGGUGAUGGCACCAGUCCGUCCCUGACCACGACAAUGCAUAUCCUGGAGGUCGGCGCAGAGCAAUUGGAGGAGGAGAUCGGCUCGCCGCGCGCGGUGCCGCAGGAAGCAGUCUUCAGGACCGUGCCCAAAGACUGUACAGUCUUCCUCGUCUGGAGAAUAACGGAAUCUUGCACGGAGCUGCUGCCGCGCUCUCAUUACGGAACUUUUUAUGAUGGCGACGCUUAUUUGGUUUAUUCUUGCUCCCAUCCCGGUCAGCCUGCAGGUCCUGAUGUCAUUCGUCGUGAGAUAAGAGAGAAUGGCAACGGCGAGUACGCGGAGCGGCACGUGCACGCGUGGGCGGGCGGCGCGGCAGGUGGGGCGGGCGGGGCGCUGACGACGCUGGCGCUGCGGCGCGCGAGCCAGCUGCUGGCGCACGUGGCGCGCCCGCUAGUGCUGCAUCGAGAGACGGCCACCAGGGAGUCUGCGCGCAUGCUGUCCUACUUCCGCGAUGGCAUCAGAAUACUCCGCAGCGGUGCAAUGAACGGCGGGCCCCGCUUGUACCGAGUGCGUGGUCACCGGCCCGUGGUGCUGCAGAUGGAGCCGGUGUCGUGGGCGCAGCUCGCCUCCGACGGCGUCUUCGUGCUGGACACGGCCAACCUGAUCGUGCUGUGGCUUGGGCGCGCUGCUAAUCUCAUCGAGAAGACGUUUGGAGCCAAGAUCGCCUACCGUAUGGCUCGUGGACCGGAAAAGGGUAUGUUGGUCCGACGGAUCGCAAUCGCACAUGACGGCUACGAACAAACUCUACCACCCGCAGACCGGGAACUGUUGAACACGUUAUUGGAGCUGCGUUCCCGGAGCAUGCGGCCACCGUCACCCGUUUCCGAUACACCCAGACCAGCUCGCCUCUACAAAGUAACCCAGCCGCCGAGAACCUCACCCAUUGCGAUGCCGUCCCAGAAGCCUGCAGCGCGUCUGGAAGAAAUUAAAUGUGCUCCGUUAAACCGAGAAGAUUUACGUGAAGACAGCGUAUACAUAAUCGAUGGAGGAUCAAGAGGAGUGUGGGCUUGGGUGGGAUCAUCUGCACCAGUGGGUGAGGCUCGCGGGGCGUUGGCUGCAGCGAGGGGGCUUGCACGCGCCAAGCGACUGACUGGGCCAGUGGCGACCAUGGUCUCAGGACGUGAACCGCUGGAGUUCGCUGCACUGUUUCAUAUGUGGAGCUGGGCUGAUGCGCGGCGAGAUAUUAGAGUUCGGGCGGCCAGAUCCGCCACGACUAAGUUGGAUGCUGUUAGCCUCGCUUCCAAUGCUUGGUUGGCUGCUGAGGCGCAAGUCCCAGACGACGGGUCGGGCUCGCUGCGCAUGUGGCGCGUGCGCGGCGAGGCGGAGGGCGGCGCGCUGCAGGAGCUGGAGCGGCCGCAGACCGCCGCCUUCUACGACCAGGACUGCUACCUGGCGCUCUACACCUACCACACGCCCACCGGGGACCAGACCAUACUCUACUAUUGGAUGGGUGGCUCUUCGCCAAAUGAUCUGAGGAAUUUGGGUGCAAAAGAAGCCAAAGAUCUCUGCAUAAAGUUAGGGCGUCUUCCCAUCCAGGCCUGGGUGUACCAAGGGAAAGAACCGGCGCAUUUUCUACAAAUCUUCAAAGGUCGAAUGAUCACUUACAUUGGCAGUGCAAUAGAAUAUGAUCCGAGCGGCCGUCGCGUAGUACCGCCGUCUCGCGCUCUCAUACGCGUGUCGGGCCAGUACGCGCGCGAGGCGCGGGGCGUGGAGGUAGGCCGCGGAGGGCUGACCCGUGGCGCCUGCUACGUGCUGCGCGAGGGCGCGCGCGUGUGGGUGUGGUGCGCCGCCUCCGCCACCGGCGACGAGAGGGAAGUCGCCAAGAACAUGGCUGCCUCAGACCACACACUCGUUAUGCAAGGUAAAGAGAAACACGACUUCUGGAACGCGCUAGGCGACCGCAGGCCUCUCCUGGUGGCAUCACCACUGAAAGAAGUGGAGCGGCCGCUACCGCCUCGUCUGUUCUACAUUUCGCUUGGCGCAGCUGGACAGUAUUCUUUCGAGGAGAUAAUAUCGUUCAGCCAGUACGAGCUGGCGCCGGAGAUGUCGGCCAUACUGGACGCGCACGCGGCAGUGUUCGUGUGGCUCGGCGCGCACAGCGGCCCGCGGGCCAAGGACGACGCGCGCGCCAUCGCACAGUGCUACCUAGCGAAUGACCCAGCGGCGCGAGACCCCGAGACUCCGAUACUAGUAAUAAGCCAAGGCCGAGAGCCGCCCAACUUUACUGGGUUCUUCCCACACUGGAAGACGUCUAUGUGGAAGGGCCACAAAUCGUUCAACGCAAUAGUAAGCGUGCUAGAAGGCAAGGCGAUCGUGCGCGGCAGCAACAGCGCCCUCCACAACGGCAACAGCGAGAACAGGUUCGACCAGCACGAGAAGUACCCGCUGUCAGUGCUCAGGGGGCCCAAAGAACACAUGCCUCAGGACGUCGACCCCCUCACUAAAGAACUCUAUCUUACGCACGACGACUUCGUGUCAACAUUCACCAUGGCAUAUAACGAGUUCCGGUCACUACCCUUGUGGAAACAAAAAGAACUGAAGAAAUCUGUUGGACUAUUCUAAAAUCUGGACCAUCAAUUAAAAAAAAGUGAUCUAAUCAAUAUGAGCUAUAACUACUCAAUUUACUAAGAUACAACCGGUCGUAUCCUUUACUGUUUUUGUGCGUAACUAUCGUUCCAGGCAUUACGUCCGGACGAAUGCUUUCUCCCGAUUUACAAUUUAAGGAGGAAGCAUGGAAGGAAACUGACGCCAAUGUUACCUGUAAUGCUGCGGAAAAGAUGAAAACUCUUCUCAACUUUGUUUGUGUAUUUUAUGUUAUCUUACAAGUAUUAUAAAAUACCUAGUAAUUAUAAUUUAAGCCUAUUCAGACCUGUCAUAAGCGCGUGAAAAAGUGUAAUAGAUGUCGAUAAUCGAGAUAAUUUCACGAUUAACUUAUUUUUAUGAUAUCAUCUACUCAUAGGCACGAAAUAUAAUAUUAUUGUACUUUUUAAAACAUUUGAAGAGCCUAAAGAAGUUUAGUUAUAUUUAUCUCUUAUUUUUGAUUAGAAACACUAAUUGGACUGAACUACCAGUGCACAAACCAAAUAUAAAUAAAAUUGUUUUCACAAUAAUUCAUAAACUAGUUGGAGGCUUUCUUAAAUUGUUCACAAGCAUGCAGUGGACAAUAAUUAUAUUUACGUGCGUGUUUUUGCACAAACUAGAUAAAUCAUUAUGAUAUACCUAAAUAUACGUUAGGAUAACGUAGUCAGAAAGUGAUUUUAUUAAUUUAUUUGUUUGUUUAUCGUAUAUAAAUGUUGUUUACUAGAUUAAAAACUAUGUUAAACUGAAAUAAAACAAUGUGUUUUUAAAA